AUGGCUGUCUCCGGGAGCACACAGAUUGUGGUCAUCUCACUCGUCUUCUCUGUCCUGGCAAUCCUGGCCGUGGGCAUGAGGUUUCGGGCUCGCAUCAAGCAGCGCGCUGGUAUCCGAGCCGAUGACUACCUCAUCCUUCCUGGGCUGCUGUUCGCCCUGGGUCUGGGUAUCGUCAACACCAUGAGUGCGCUGUUGGCCGGACUGGGCGACCACAUCCUGCUCGACGCCAACGGCAACCCAGAGAUGGACGAUUCGCUCACACUGUUCCUGCAGCUCGAGUUUGCAACUCAGCUCCUUUCAGUGCUAUCGCUCGUCUUUACAAAGCUCUCCAUCAUUUGGUUCUACCGUCGCAUCUUUCGGGGCGACAUAUUUGACCUUGUGACCAAGGCACUCAUCGCCAUCGUCAUCUGCUGGGGCAUCGCCUUCUUCUUCGCUUCUCUCUUUGAGUGCUACCCCAUACAGCAGAUCUGGCUGUCGUUGUACGGCACACCCGAGCAUGACCUCUACUGUUAUCAGUAUCUGCCCAUGUUCUACGCCACGUCGAUCACGAACAUGCUUAUUGACGUGCUCAUCUUGGUGACGCCGGUUCCCAAGAUCUGGACCUUGCGGAUGCCGAUGCAGCAGAAGAUUGCAGUCAGUGGCAUCUUCAUGCUGGGUGGAUUCAUCAUUGGCAUCAGCAUCGCGCGGAUCUACUUCUUCUAUCAAGCAGGUGCGGGUUUCGACCAUGCCUACGACAUCACUUACAACAUUGCCCCGACUCUCUACUGGACGCAGCUCGAGGCCGCCAUCGCCGUGUUAUGUGCCUGCCUGCCGACGAUGCGGGUGCUCUUCACAGACUUCUCGGCCGGCAGCCUGAUCCGUAGCUGGGCCUCGCGCUGGUCUCUCCUCGGCAGCAGCAAGAACUCGUCGCGCCUGCCAUCCCACGAGCGCAAGAGCUCCGCGUACUCGGGCUCAGCAUCCGAAACCGAGCUUGCCGGCGGCGCCAGCAGCAGCAGCAGGUCCCGACAGCCCACGCCAUACGGGCAGUACUUCACCAGCGCCUACCCUCCUACCACGACCACGACGAUCACGGCAGGCGGGCCCGUACCCGUGCACCAUACAGAGAUUCUGAGCGGCAGCGCCGGCGCCGGCGGCCACGUUGCUAGGGACGUCAUUGUCGAUACUGAUAUCCACAGCUACGACAACCACAGCCCGGAGCGUGAUUCGGAGGGCGCCAGUGGCGCGGAUAACUAUGGCAGCGAGUAUGCUUAG